AUGGCAGAUAUCCUGACUCAGCUGCAAACAUGUCUUGACCAGCUCGCAACCCAAUUCUACGCCACCCUGAGCUACCUCACCACCUACCAUGACAACUCGCCCGCCACGCCGCCGUCAAAUACACCCAACGCGGCGCCUGCUCUAGCGAAGAUCCCUAAGAACUCAACCGCGCCGCCCGUGCCUGCCUCGGCGCCCGUCCUGGAACCAGAGACCCCGGCUCCAGCGCCAGCACAACUACCACAGGGGGACGCACACCAGGGAAAAGAUACACCGGGAGGACCAGCAGGAGCAGGGGCAGGAGCAGGAGUCGAUCCGGCUCUACCCCCCGCACCAGACUCGCCGCGCACAUUCGCCCGGCGGCAGCGGGAGCUCGCCCGCGACCUGAUCAUUAAGGAGCAGCAGAUCGAAUACCUGAUCUCUGUGCUGCCGGGGAUCGGCUCGUCCGAGACAGAGCAGGAGGCGCGCAUCCGUGAGCUGGAAAAGGACUUGAGGGCUGCGGAGGCCGAGCGCGAGAGUAAAGCGCAGGGACUCAAGGUGCUCCGGAAGAGGUUGGAGAAUGUGCUCGGGGCCGUCGAGGUGGGCAUUUACGGGGAUAGAGAAAUAUCCCUUUCCUAGUUUUAGUAGGUAGACUGUAUGAACUCACUGGAUUAGGCGGCUCAGGGUUGCCCGGUAAAGUAUAUCAAACUGCUCGAAAG